AGGCCAAGUCAACCUGAAAAUCUUUGAAUUCGCUCUUUGCAUGGUGGUCGCGUCACCCUCCCGCUUACUAAUUUUCGUGAUACCGGAUCGGCAAGCGGUACAGGUCGGUCUGAAGCGAUACGUUGAUAUUUCGCACGCUCACUACAUAUAAUACGUCUAAAUGUCUGAAUCCGAUCUUUUAGCUGGUGACCAUAUUGAUGGUCUUGAUGGUCUUGAAAAUGGUCAAGAUGGAGACACUAUUAUGCAGUGUGAUGGCGUAAAACGUGAAUUGGGUGAAGCAAACGUCGAUGAUCCUGAAUUAGAAGCGAUUAAAGCACGAGUAAGGGAAAUGGAAGAGGAAGCCGAGAAAUUAAAACAACUCCAGUCUGAGGUAGAUAAGCAGAUGAACAUGGGCAGUCCACCUGGAAUUACAAGUCCAUUAAAUAUGUCAUUGGAAGAUAAAAUGGAAGUUGAUAAUCGAUCUAUUUAUGUCGGCAAUGUUGACUAUGGCGCUACAGCAGAAGAAUUAGAACAACACUUUCAUGGCUGUGGUAGUGUCAAUAGAGUGACAAUCCUGUGUAAUAAGUUCGAUGGUCACCCUAAAGGAUUUGCUUAUAUCGAAUUUGCCGAACGCGAUUCUGUACAAACUGCAAUGGCCAUGGAUGAAUCUAUGUUCAGAGGACGUCAAAUUAAAGUAAUGCCCAAGAGAACAAAUAAACCUGGUUUCUCUAUGACAAACAGGGGUCCUAGAGGUGCAAGAGGCUAUCGAGGUAUGGCAAGAGGAAUUAUUCGCGGUAGUGCAUACUUUGGUUACCGACCUACAAGACGACCUAGGAGUUACAGACGUGGUUACUAUAUGCCAUAUUGACCAUUUUAAAGUGUGACAACAUUUUGCAAAG